AACCAUUUUUUUUUUAAAAAAGUAAAGUGAAUAUUAUUAUAUUUAUUAUUAUUAUGUGUAGUGUAGAAAUAUUGUAGGUGCGUCAGCUCCACAACUAGCUAGUUUCCAUUGAAUCAAUACUCAUCGCUGCCGUUUUACUCACUCGCCCGUUCGGCCCCCUUUCAGGAGGAAUGUCAAGAAGGGUUGCACAAGGAUAGCAACGUGUUGGAUUGGUCGAUUAUAUUUGUUACCAAUGCAAGAUGUCGGUGUAGGCCGGCAGGAUAGUACCGUUCUCGGUGGCCACUCUGAUCAUCAUUCGUCUGAUAUUGAAAAGCAGACUGUGGAGGCCAGCGAUCAUGACUUAGUUAUCGAGAGAGUGGAUCAAUCUGUACUCACGAUAGUGGUUUCUGCAGACGAAUCAUUCAAUUCCCAGGCUGACACACUGACCACUGACCCCGUCGAGGAUAUUUCCACCGUUGAGAAAAUAGCAAGUGUAGAGUCUCCUAAGAAGCCUUACUUAUCCAGGAAUCAUAGUCUUCAGGAACAAUGCAGAGUAUGUCAAGAGGAAAAGGAGGAAGAGUUGAUCGAUCUUGGAUGCCAGUGUCGCGGUGGAUUGGCAAAAGCACAUCGGACAUGCAUAGAAACAUGGUUUAGUACUAGAGGUUCAAAUAAAUGUGAAAUAUGCCAGCAAGUAGCUGCAAAUGUGGCAUCGCCAGAGCCUCAUGCACCUACAAGUUACUGGAUUUGGAGAGUCGAUCCUUCUUUUAGGGGGACGAAUAUUUCCCAGGAGCAGGAUAGAGGUUGUCUUAAUCCACUUUGGGUAGCAUUUUGUAUCCUCAUUGGUGGUCUGUUUCUGGAUGUGUUAAUAUCCAUCACGCUCGGAGUUUCUGCACUUCCCGUAAACAUCAUAAUCGGGGUAAUAGUUGUGCUGGGACUCGGAACAGCUCUUCGGCUUGCCCUUGAGUUCUGCCAUGAUUGGAGUAUGAGGAGAGUAGUGCACCGGGUAGAAGCAAACGUCAGUCUUGGAUUCCAUCCUACGUUAUAGGUGAAAGAUACUUGGAAUUGGAUAACCGAUGCAAACUACACUGGAAUCUGUUCAUAACACCCUCAAACAUUGAAAUUUAUCCAGCCUGCUAGCUACUCGAAAGAUUUGUUGGAGCCAAUAUACUUAAACGACAAUUCCCAAAUGAACUUACUUUUACCCAUUGUAUUUAUUUCGUUAGUGUUCAGUUUGU